CAUGCCGGAUUUUCUACUUUACGAUCGUAGAAAAUCCAAAACAACUUCCUGUUUGUGUCCGAUUAUUAUCAAAUAAAAUUGUUAAACAUCUGCUCAGCAAGGUCCAGUUAUAAGUGACAAAGUGUACUGAAGUGUGAUACCUAGCAGUAGUGCGAAGAAAUAUGGCGAAACGUGUACAACCGACGUGGCAAACUCCGGUGCCUUCGAAGGAGCAACCCAAACUUCGGCUGUACAACAGUUUGACCCGGCAGAAGGAACUGUUUGUGCCGAAGGAUGGUAGGAAUGUGAAGUGGUACAGUUGCGGGCCGACGGUGUACGAUGCGUCGCAUAUGGGCCAUGCCCGGUCGUACAUUAGCUUUGAUAUUCUGAGACGGGUGCUGACGGAUUACUUCGGGUACAAUGUUCUGUAUGUGAUGAACAUUACUGACAUCGAUGAUAAGAUUAUCAAGCGGGCCAGGCAGAACUACCUGUACGAACAGUAUGUGGAAAGGACAACGUCGCUGGAAAAACUGCUGGAGGAUAACAAAGAGGUGAUGGAGGCGUUCCAAGGGAAUCUGAGUAAGACGACCGAUCCGGACAAGAAGGCGAUGAUGGAACGGAUGUUGGAGAAGUUGACCGCGGCGGUGGACAAUCUGACGAUAGCGGUGAAGAGUGGAGAGAAGGAACAGGUGAAGGAAGCUCAGAGCCGGUUUCUGGAAGACUCGAAGGAUCCCCUGUCGGACCUGCUGGAUAAGAAGGAAGGAGCUUCGGUGAGCGAGAAUUCGAUCUUUGAAACGUUGCCACGGUACUGGGAAGAUGAAUUCCAUAAGGACAUGAAUGCCCUCAACGUUCUGUCGCCCGAUGUGCUGACAAGGGUGAGCGAAUAUGUGCCGCAGAUUGUCGAGUAUAUUCAGAAAAUUAUCGACAACGGGCUGGCUUACGAGGCGAAUGGAUCGGUCUAUUUCGAUGUUGGCGGAUUCGACAAACGCGAAAAGCACUACUAUGCUAAGUUGGUUCCGGAAGCUUAUGGGGAUGCCAAGUCCUUGCAGGAAGGAGAAGGAGAUCUUAGCUCGACGGAGGAGCGCCUGUCGGAGAAGCGUUCGCCUAAUGAUUUCGCCCUUUGGAAGAACAGCAAAGCUGGGGAACCGUGGUGGGAUAGCCCAUGGGGAAAAGGACGUCCCGGAUGGCAUAUCGAGUGCUCCGCGAUGGCUUCCGACAUUUGUGGCAACUACUUGGACAUUCACACGGGAGGGGUGGAUUUGAAAUUCCCCCAUCACGAUAACGAGUUGGCCCAGAGCGAAGCGCAUGACGGUAGCUCCGAGUGGGUCAAGUAUUUCCUCCACACGGGACAUUUGACAAUCGCCGGGUGCAAGAUGUCCAAAUCCCUGAAGAACUUUGUGACUAUUCAGCAAGCACUUCAGAAGCACACUGUCACGCAGCUUCGGUUGGCUUUCCUCUUGCAUUCCUGGAAGGACACCUUGGACUACUCGGACAAUACGAUGGAAAUGGCCGUUCAGUACGAACGAUUCCUGAACGAGUUCUUCCUCAACGUAAAAGAUUUAACCCGACACGUUGUUAGCGGAAAACCGCGUGAUCAGUUUAACCUUUGGACUGCCGUAGAAUCAGAUCUUCAGCAGAAGCUGAACAGCAUAAAGGAAGCGGUUCAUGAAGCUCUAUGCGACAACGUCGAUACCCGGACGGCUUUGGAUGCUAUCCGAGAUUUGGUGUCCCAUAGUAAUGUCUACAUUCGUGAUCACAAAAAUCAGCUGAACGCACUGCUUCUGAGAAGAAUCGCCAGCUAUAUUACCGACUUGCUGCACAUUUUCGGUGCCAUUAGUGGGCCUCGCGGAGGGAUCGGUUUCCCGGUGGGAGGAAACUCCGGAAGUGCUGAUCUCGAAGAAACGGUCAUGCCCUACCUGGCAGUCCUGUCCGAUUUCCGCACGGCCGUCCGCGAACAAGCGCGCACCCUGAAGGCGACCGAAAUUCUUCAACUGUGCGAUCAAAUCCGCGACGAUAUCCUCCCGAACCUUGGUGUCCGGCUGGAAGAUCGCGAAGGCAAUGCGUCCGCCCUGAAGCUGGUCGAUAGGGAAGUGCUUCUUAAGGAACGGGAAGCCAAACGCUCAGAAGAAGCUCGCAAAGCAGCCGAGAAGGAACGGAAGAAGGCCGAAGCGGCGGCUGCCCAGGCCGCAAAGGAUGCCCAGCGGAAGAUCAACCCGGUGGAUUUGUUCCGCAGCGAGACGGACAAGUAUUCCGCCUUCGACGAGCGUGGACUGCCGACGCACGAUGCCGAUGGGAAGGAGGUCAGCAAGGGACAGCAGAAGAAGCUGCAAAAACUACAGCAACAGCAGGAGAAGCGCUAUCAGGAGUAUUUGGAUUCGCUGAAAGCUUGAGUUGGUGGAUUUUGAUUUUUUUUUUGUUAAUGUGAU